AUGUUACUGUGUGCGCAAAGGCUCGCCCGGUCACGGGCUCAUGGGCUACUGGCGCCGCGCUUGAGCGGUAGUCCUGGCUGCUUGCACCGGGGCUCGCAGACAUCUCGCAUAGCUAACAUAGUCCAUGCCUCAACAUCUGCGCCAUUGAACCAAAACUCCAGCUUGGAAUUCCAGAAACUAGCGACCGAUCAGUCACAAUCGAACAACUAUUCCCCUUCGCACGCGAUUACAGUACUCACUGGGGAUGGAGAAGUACAGAAUCUCGGGGAGGCAGAGGCAACCAACACGACAACCGAUCAACAUGAUCCUGACACCCACAACCCAAGCAGCGCUUCAAGAGGCCCCCGUAGGCCGGGCGCCUGGUCGAUAUCCAAAAAAGCCACCCGAAAGAUCCUCCAUUCACAAGGCGUCUCGUCCAAACUCGCCCACUCUGUCACGCGCCGUCUCAAUGCUCAAAUCCGACUCCGACAUAAACCAUUGAGUAGUAGAGAAUUGUACCUUGCGACUGUCAUUCAAGGCAAUUCACUCUACUCGCGGGAACUGGGACUCAAGCAAUGGAGAGCUGCCUAUAAGGAAAUUUACCUGGCCAAUCGAUAUGAACGUGAGAUUCAGAAUAAAAGUGUACUACCAGCAUUGAGAGAUGCCGGAAAGGAAAUACUCGAGAAGAUCCACACAGACUGCGAUGGUAGCUUUCGAGAAACUUGGAACGCGAUGCACCGGACCGAAAAAGCAUCACAUUGGCAGCGCUUGGCUAUCUGGUUAUUGCAGCAUGAACCUGAGAGGCUUCCGGAUUUCCUGAUUGUCACGACCGAAUGCAAGGAAAAACCAAACUUCACCAUGGUCUAUGACUGUCUUCGUUACUUGGAUAACUUUCACUAUGAUACCUGGUUGAAGGACUGGCAAAGUGGCAGCCAUAAUUACCAGUCUCUGGUUGAGACAUGUUUGGACCCGCGGGAUUGGCCCCUUGUCUCUGUGACCCAGAAAGCCCCUCGACUUUAUAUUCGAAGAGCCAGCCAUGAUGGAGUUUUGUCAGCCCUUCGGAUUGUCAAGGAAAGAUCCAUUCGUAUAAGUGCAGAAACGGCAUUGUGCUUUAUGUGGCGAUUUACAGAACUCGCGGACGUGGAGCGGGCACUUCACGCUUUGGAAUUCAUUCCACAAAAGCAAGACGACGGCUUGACGAUAGACUCAGAUGAAGUUAUGCGACAUUGUUGCAAGCUUUUGACACUGGACACGGUACAUGAUGGCUCAGCUGGGCGCAAUUUCAAUAUUCUUCCACGACUGUUGAAGAUGGGUGUUCGGCCAGACCGUGAUAUGAUGAACGUCGUCCUAUCCAAUGCGUUCAAGACUGGUGAUCCCCAGCUUGGUAAUGAUAUUCUGCAAUUCAUGAAGAGCCACGAUCAUACCUUCGACGCGUACACAUAUACCACACUCAUGAAGGAUGCAGUCUCGCGCGGAGAUCGAGCCAAAGUUGACUCCCUGAUCCACGAUAUCGCUUCAAAGGAUGAACUCCGUGAGAAUCCUUACCUUGCGAGCAAGAUCUUCCAUUCCCAUUACAUUUUCACAACCAAGUACAUGGACGCCGAUGCCGACCCUUCACGCGUUUUCUAUGCGAUGCUUGACCUGUACAACCAACUCCACGACAUUACACCACUCAAAGAGCUUCUUAUUAUUCCGCCUCACUAUACACCUCGCGAAGGCAAUCCGCGUGGACUCAGACUGUGUAUCCAACUCGUGGAAGACAUGUUGCAUAGUUCGUCUGCGAAACAGGAGAACAAGACCCCCUACCAUGUCAAGCCCUCCAUGCGCACUUGGACUAUACUUCUUAGUGCCUUCAUCUUCAACCGACAGCCUCGCGCGGCGGACAAGAUCAAGGAAAUGAUGGCCAAGCACAAUGUCAAAUACAACGACGUGACCUGGAAUGUCAUCAUCAAUGGUUACGCCAAUGCGCAGAAUAUUCCACAGACAGCUGCCUCAAUCAAGGCCAUGGAACAGCAAGGCUUCUCCAUUGAUCCCUAUACCAUGAAAAGUCUACGCUAUCUGCGCGAUCCGGAGCGCCUUUGGGUUGCGAUUGAUGAGUUGGACGAAGCUGCCCCUGCCCAUGCCCAGGACACUCAGCCAGCAAAAAUUGAGACCACCCCAGAACAUGAACCUAAACCUGAGCUCUCCAGUGAGGAGCGACUUGAGAAAGAGCUUGACGAGGGUCUUGGAAAAUUGGGCGGCAAGAUGAAGCCCAAGCUGUGA